AUGAGAAUAGAGGAACUCGUGAUUGACGGUUUCAAGUCUUAUGCCGUUCGUACCGUAAUUUCUGGAUGGGAUCCAGAGUUCAAUGCAAUCACGGGUCUUAAUGGAUCGGGGAAAUCAAACAUUUUGGACGCAAUUUGCUUUGUUCUGGGAAUUACAAACAUGAACCAGGCGACAAGUAACAUGCAAGAGCUAAUUUAUAAACGUGGUCAAGCUGGCGUCAAUAAAGCUUCGGUGACCAUUGUUUUUAAUAAUGAAGACAGAGAAAAUAGUCCUGUCGGAUUUGAACAGUAUAACCAGAUAACAGUGACCAGACAGAUUAUCAUGGGAGGACAAAGCAAAUACAUCGUUAAUGGACAUCGAGCACAACAGCAAGCAGUCGGAAAUCUAUUUCAAUCGGUGCAACUCAACAUCAAUAAUCCUCACUUUUUGAUCAUGCAAGGUCGCAUUACCAAAGUUCUCAACAUGAAACCUCCAGAAAUUCUGUCCAUGAUCGAAGAGGCCGCCGGAACACGCAUGUUUGAAGAAAGGAAGGAAAAAGCGUUGAAGACCAUUGCGAAAAAAGAAAAGAAAGUCGAAGAAAUAAAUGAGCUAUUGAAUGAAGAAAUUGGGCCAAAACUAGACAAGCUAAGAACAGAAAAGAGAUCUUAUUUGGAAUUUCAAAAAACAGAAUCCGACAUUGAAAGAUUGAGUCGAUUAGUUAUCGCAUUUGAAUAUACAAAAUAUAAGGAUAAACUUGACAAAUCUGGGGCAGAUUUUGAUGCGAAAAGAGCAAAAGUUCAUGAUCUUGAAAUGUUAAACGAACAACUAAAAAUGGAAUUAGAGCAUUUAGAGGAGGAUAUAAAGCAAACGACGCGCAACAAAGAGAAGGAGAUAGGCAAAGGCGGGAAGAUUCAAGAAUUGGAACGAGAGGUGACAGAAUGUUCAAAUAAAAUAGUCCGAAUACGAACAAAGUGUGAUCUCAACAAAGCAUCCAUUGCAGAUGAGAUAAAGAACAAAAACAACCUUUUGUCUGGGAAGGCGGAGAUCGAGGAAAGUUUAAAGCAAAAGAACGAGGAGUCCAAAAAAUUGGAGGAGCAAUUUGAAAGUAUAAGGAAAGCAUAUGAUGAGAAAAAAGAACAAGUUAGGAAGGCCGAGGAACUUUUGCAAACUUUAUCAACUGGAGUUUCUGCACAGGAAGGACACGAAAACGGAUACAUGGAACAACUUCAAGAGGCCAAAAAUAAUGUUACUCAAGCGUUAACUGAAAUCGAACAAGCAAAAUUAAAGGCAUCGCAUCUUACGAAGGAGUUAAAAGAAAAAGAACCACAAGCUCUUAAGGCUCAGAGGGAUAAUCGAGGAUUAAUAAAUAACUUGGAAUUUGCAAAGAGAUCUAAGCAAGAACUGGAGGCUAAAUUAUCUCAAAUUGAUUGGGAUCCAAAUAGAGAUGAGGACAUAUUGCAAAAAAGAUCUGCCGAACAAAAUGCUAUCCAGGAACUCAACGAGAAAUGUGAAUCCCUGGCAGCAGAAUUUACAAAUCUGCAAUUCACAUAUUCCGAUCCCGAACCCAAUUUUGAUCGGAGAAAGGUCAAAGGUUUGAUUGCUGAGUUAAUUGCCUUAAGUCCACAGUAUGUGCAGUGUUCCACGGCUUUAGAAAUUUGCGCUGGUGGACGACUAUACAAUGUCGUUGUUGAAAAUGAGAAAGUUGGCGCACAACUUCUCGAAAAAGGGAAAUUAAAGAAACGCGUUACGAUCAUUCCUUUAAACAAAAUAAAGUCAUUUAAAGUAUCUGCUGAGAAAGUUGCGACGGCACAAAAAAUUGCACCCGGAAAGGUGGAUUUGGCAUUGAUGUUAAUUGGAUAUGAACCUGAAGUUACUGUUGCGAUGGAAUACGUAUUUGGCAGUACAUUGAUUUGUUCUGAUGCUGAUACCGCUAGCAAGAUAACUUUUGACAAACGAGUUCUGACGAAAUCGGUUACGUUUGAUGGGGAUGUUUAUGAUCCAUCUGGAACUCUUCAAGGUGGCUCUAAACCUAGUUCGGCUGGAAUUCUGGCGAAGAUGCAGGCUUGGAAGGACCUUAAAAAGAAAUUGAAUAGUCAUCAACGUGCACUCGACGGCUUAAAUGAAAAGCUUAAUGGGACCCAGAGAAUCAAAGAUAAAUAUAACCAGAUAAAGCAGGAACUAGACUUGAAAACACACGAGGUCACCUUAUUGGAAGAACAAAUUAAUAAGAACAGUAAUUCACAGAUUCUUCACGUGAUCGAGAAUAUCAGAGCUCAAAUUGCCGAGCAGGAGAAUAUAAUAAAGACCUCCAAGGAAAAGCAUAGAGCUGCUAUUUCAGACUGCAAGAGGAUCGAGAGGGAGAUGAAUGAGUUUAAGAAUAAUCGCGAUUCCAAAUUGAAAGAUAUUGAGCGUCUGGGCGAACAGAAAUCGGUAUCCAAAGGUAAAUCCGAAUUGGCACAAAACAGUCAGGUUGUUACAAACAUGCAACGUCAAGUUCAAAUAUUGCAGCUGGAAAUAAAGCAACUCGAAGAAGAUAUAAAAAACUCCAAUGCGGAGAUCGAAAAUUCUGAUUCUAUAAUUCGACAAUUAACUGAAUCUGAUAAAUCCAUGGACGCUGAACUAAAUAAGAUAAUGGGAUUGCACUCUCGCGCUCAAUCCGAAUUAGACAAGGAGUUGCAAAUAUUAUCGGCGUACGACGAGGAAAUCAAGGAUCUUCAGAAUGCGUUUCUUAAGGAAAAAGAGGCCACUCAGCAAGCCAUUCAGCAGAUGGAAAAGGAACACGAUUGGAUCUUACAUCAGAGACAUCAUUUUGGUGAACCCAAUACGGCCUAUGAUUUCAAAAAUCAAAAUCCGGUUGAAUGCAAAAAGAUGUUGCGAAAAUUAGAGGAAAAACAUAGUAAUAUGCGCAAAAAGAUCAAUGCCAAAGUUAUGAACAUGAUCGACAGUGUUGAAAAGAAGGAGGCCUCUCUAAAGCAAAUGUUGGCAACGGUGCAAAAAGAUAAGAAAAAAAUAGAAGAUACUAUUGUGUCUCUAGACAAUUAUAAAAAGGAUGCUUUAAACAAAACUUGGAAAAAGGUUGACGCCGAUUUUGGCGCUAUCUUUGGAGACCUGUUGCCAAGUAGUUUCGCUACACUCAGGAUACCAGAAGGAAAAGAACUAACUGAAGGCCUCGAGGUGAAAGUUCAACUCGGAGGCGUUUGGAAACAGAGCUUGGCAGAAUUGAGCGGUGGUCAAAGGUCCCUGGUAGCUUUGUCAUUGAUUCUUUCGUUGUUACAAUUUAAACCCGCUCCGAUGUAUAUCUUGGAUGAAGUGGAUGCCGCCCUUGAUCUUUCUCACACGCAAAACAUUGGUCAAUUACUUCGAACGCGAUUUAAAGGAUCCCAAUUUAUAGUUGUUUCGCUUAAGGAUGGUAUGUUUAAUAAUGCAAACGUUUUGUUUCGCACUAGAUUUCGCGAUGGCACUUCAGUAGUUGAGAAAACUGCGCAAAAACAAGAUAACACGAGGGAAAAUGAUCGACGAAGGACUCAAAAACGAUGA